GCGGUUGACAUGGCUCUUCCACCGGAACUCUUCGACGACAUUAUCAAACACACGCGACAUCAUACCCCAACAAUCCUUGCGUGUGCACUCGUCCGCCGUUCGUGGCUGCCGUCAAGCCGCCACCACCACUUCGCGAACCGGGUCGUGCUGCUGCACGCGCGCAACAUUGCCACCUUCGUCGAGCUCAUCGCAAGCCCGCACGCGACCAUCCGCGGAUAUGUGCGGCAUCUCAAUCUAUGGGGCUUAGAGCUAUCGUCGCGGAAACUAGCCCGGUUCACGUUCGAGCCGCCCUCGCAGAACGACGAGGAGACGGAGACGUGGAUUGACCGCCACCCGGCGAUCAUCACGGCCCUGGCACACGACCUGCCCGCUGUCGAGAGUCUAGCUUUCGGGGAUCUCUCGUGGGACUCUUUGAAGCCCGCCACGCAAGCCGUGUUCUAUUCCAAGUUCCGGGCUCUUGCCACCCUCGAACUGCGCUCAUCCGCGUUCGAUUUCACAUCCGAUGUCGUGGAACUCAUCUCGUCGAAACCGGCGCUGAGAAAGCUGCACCUGCUCGACGUGGCGUGGAGUCCCGAUCCCGGAAGCGACCAUCACAUUCUCGAUCAGUUUCCGGUUCCGCAGGGACUGGACAGUCUCCGGCUGACGGACUGUUAUCAGCGAGAUAUACUGGACUGGAUGGUCUCUAGACACCCUGUGCCGGCCGUGAGGUAUCUCCAGCUCGGCAGGGUCCAGCCUCCCGAUGCACCCUCUAUCGGGAGGUUUCUGAAGCUUCUGGGCCCCGAGCUCAAGACGCUGCAGUUUGAAUUCUCCUCUCUAGAUGCUGGAGGCGACGCCGAAUCUUUCUUCUUCUCGGUCGACCUGGUGCACAACACCUCCCUCCACACGAUCUCGGUGCACAAAUUCGUGAACGAGUCGAUCUACCAAUUCAGCCGCCCCGUCGCGUGGAUCCUGAAAGUGCUCAGCCGGGCGCAGAACCUGACGCAGCUUUUCCUGGGGAUCACGCUCGCAGAUCCCGAGGAGUUCUAUCCGCCGGAGGAUCCGAUCGACUGGACCGAGCUGGACUGCGUGCUCUCGGGUUGCCCCAAGCUAAGGAUGAUCAUAUUUUGCAUAUCCGGCCAAGUGCCGCUGCAGAGCGCCAUUAACGCAUUGACAGGCAGGUUGCCGCAGUGCGCUGGGCGGGGACAGGUGCUGUUUCGAGGAGGGUUUCCGCCGUGAGCGGUCUGCUCCGGCGUCGCACUAUAUCCGAGGGUCUCCUGUGUAGUCGUUGGUUGUAUGUAGGCGUGUGUGUAUCGAGGUGUUGCCUUGGCCACUCGGCCAGGGUGCUUGGCUCCUCUUCUUCUCUGCGGCUGCCCACAAGAUUAUACGACUAUACUAAGAUACAGCGCGGUAUUCGAUUAGUCACUACAGUGCAUCACAGUCCUGUGGAUCCCUUCUGGGACCCGGAUACAGGCGCCAUGCACUUGGAGACCAAGGGCAGAUCAGUCCAAGUCGUUCCGCUCACGUUCGGCAUCUCCGAGAGCACGUAGCCGCUGUAGAAGUUACCCGCAGCCUAAACACAAUCAAUCAGUCUAGGCGGUAAGAGCAGUAUCGGAUCGUGCGCACCCAACCGACGUAUCCGAGGAAGACUGUGGUGGGAAGAAUAUCAUGAGGCAUGUCUCUGUUGAGGGGAUGGAGAAACACACCAUCGCUGUUUUGAGCCUGGAACGCGAUCUGCUGGCACAUGUAGGUCAGGCAGCCGGGAUCGUUAAAGCCUCCGCCCGUCUCUGUAUUGAACGCCUGGCGCCCGUGACAUCUCAGCCACUGUGCGAGUGGGGCCCAUGCUGUCUGGAUGUUGUUCGUGACACACGCGCUAGAGUAGUAUGCACAUAGUCAGCAGCAGUACCAAUGGGACACCCGGACACCCGGACGCACGCGUUUGUGCCAGAGUUGUCGUAGUCGAGGUAUUUGUGAACGUCGAAGAUGAGGUUCGUGAUGCUUCCGUCGGGGUUCACCACUUUGUUCAGAGCUGAAUGAGAGAGGACGGGACAUCACAUCAGUCGCAUUCCAUGCACCGUGUGGCCACGCACCGUCUGCGGAACCGUUCGAAACGAAGGUUUGGGCUGAUGUCCAGUUGUCUCCCGGGAGCAGAAUGAUCUGGGUCGUGGCACUACAAGAUCGGUGAGCGAUCCGAACUUUCCUGGAGCAUAUCGCGACCCACCCAGCUUUACGAAUGGCAGUGACGGCAGCUUGCACACUCCCCGCCCACUGGGUGAUGUUCGGCAUGUUAUGAGGUUCAUUCAUUCUGGGACAGAUCUUAGCGGAAGUUCAUAGACAUGAGAAUCCUA